ACAGUAUCAGUAGGUUCAGUAUUCAGUAGCCUAUGAAAAAUCGCUCGUCCUGUAGUUUAAUACGGAAGUUUCUGCCUCUCGUUGCUCUCUCGACUUACUCUUUCCCUCCUCCUCGUGUGUUUGCACAUGUUUAUCUCCGGAUUUCACCGCUGUUCUCUCUCUCUCACACACACACACACACCGCCAACCAAGAUGACUUUAAAACGGCUUUAAACGUUGGACCCCAGGCGUUGAUGACUAUCUCACUUCUGUGUGUGAAGCCUUGAUCACUUCCUCUUCCCAAACAGACACACAAACCAAACAGACACACACAAACACGCACACAAAUCCUCUGGAUGGAUCCCGGUACAGGAUCCAAAAAGACAGUAUGGGGUAACCUGCGCCAGAGAGCGAAGCCACUGAUCCACUAUGUUCGCGGUAACAGUCAGAGACACAUCAAGUCCCGGGUUAGACCAGAGCGAGCGUUGGAGCAUAGGACUAGCUUUUCAGCACCUAAUUCCCCAUCCCAACCAGCCCGCCAUCCUGCCACUCUCAGUUCCUCCAAAACCGACAGUCAUUCUGUGACAGAGUCAAUGGGUGGAGCCCAGUGUUCUGAUUCGCCAGCUGUGCCCACAGCCUCAUCUGACUGGAUCUCUCCAGACUCUGCGGAGGGUGGUCUGGAUGAGGAGCAGGACUUCUUGGAUGCUGUAGACGAGAUGGUGAUCCUGCCAGAGAGCUCAACAGAGAAACAACGGGUGGAGAGCCAUGACACCAAUUCUCUGCAUGAUCCUGAGCAAAAUACCGUCCUGGACAUGGCAGGGGAUGGCAGGACUGUCAGUGAGAAUCAUAAGGAACCGCAGAAAUCCUACCUGCUCUCCAUUAACCUAAAAGAGGGCAGAGGCCUCGUCAUCAGAGAUCGCUGUGGCACCAGUGACCCGUAUGUGAAAUUCAAGCUCGAGGAAAAGACGUUGUACAAAAGCAAAGUGAUGUACAAGAACCUCAACCCAACGUGGAAUGAGUUUUUCUCCUUCCCCAUCCGUGACCUACAAAAGAAACUGCACAUUAAGGUCUAUGAUCGAGAUCUGACCACAGAUGACUUCAUGGGCUCCAGCAGCAUUCUCCUGAGUGAACUAGAACUUGAGAAGACAAAAGAAAUGGUGCUACAUCUUGCUGACCCAAACAGUCUGGAGAAUGACAUGGGUGUGAUUGUUAUUGAUAUUAGCCUGGCAGUCAGAGACGAAGAAAGCAAACGAAAUUGGGUUCAGAAGAGGAAACGGAGUAUGAAGUCGAGUUCGUCCCCGCAGACCCGGCGUCUCGCUGACUCUCUGAGGAAGAGCCAGCUGUGGACUGGAGUCCUGAGCAUCACGCUGGUGGAGGGACGCAAUCUACCAGACGAUGGACCUGGAGACGUGUUUGUUCGUUUUAAACUCGGAGAGCAGAAAUACAAGAGCAAGAGUCAGUGCAAAAAGGCAAACCCUCAGUGGAGAGAGAGGUUCGACUUAAACCAGUUUUUGGACGGGCCAAACCAUCUGGAGAUAAGCGUCUGGGCCAAAGAGGGACGGAGAUACGAGGAAUGUUAUGGACAGUGUGAAGUUGACAUAUCCGUGUUGAAGGUGGACAAACGUCAGUUGUUCACGUGUAGCUUGGACCACUGUAGAGGCAAAGUGGUUUUCCUCAUCACUCUGACGAGGUGCAGCGGCGUGUCCAUUACUGACCUGUGUUCACCUCCGCUGGACGAGCCUCAUGAGAGAGAAAACAUGAUAAACAAAUACAGCUUGAGGAACUCCUUGAAGAAUUUCAAGGACGUCGGCUUCCUUCAGGUCAAAGUGAUCAAGGCUUCAGACCUCAUGGCUGCAGAUUUAAAUGGGAAAAGUGAUCCGUUCUGUGUGCUGGAGUUGGGAAAUGACAGACUGCAGACUCACACAGUGUACAAAACUCUUAACCCUGAAUGGAAUAAAGUCUUUACAUUUCCAGUCAAAGACAUCCAUGAUGUCUUGGAAGUAACAGUCUUUGAUGAGGAUGGAGACAAGGCUCCAGAUUUCCUGGGGAAAGUGGCCAUUCCUUUACUCUCAAUACGUAACAGCCAUCUGAUUUCUUGCCCGUUGAAGAAAGAGGACUUAGGCGGAUUAUCCAAAGGAAGCAUUUUGUUAGAGCUUGAGGUCAUCUUUAAUCCUAUUAAAGCAAGCAUCAGGAGCUUCAACCCAAAGGAGAGAAAAUUCCUUGAAGAAAAUACAAAAUUUUCCAAAAAGGUCCUGGCCAGAAAUGUUCUCCGUGUGAGGAACAUCUACAGAAUGUUGAGUCAAGUCUUGCAGUAUGUCAAGAGCUGUUUCCAGUGGGAAAGUGUCCAGCGAAGUAUCUGUGCAUUUGUGAUCUUUGUGCUCACAGUGUGGUACUGGCAGUUCUACAUGCUGCCUCUGUUCCUGGUCAUACUGCUCAUAUGGAACUAUGCACAGGUCGCCUCUGACAGGGGCAGCCAGGAAAUGGACAGUAUGGACAGUGAUGAUGAAGAUGAAGAUGAAAGGGAAUCUGAGAGAAGAGGUUUGAUGGAGAAGAUUCACAUGGUCCAGGAUAUUGUUGUCACUGUCCAGAACUUGCUGGAGGAAAUUGCCUGCUUUGUUGAGAGAAUAAAAAACGUAUUUAAUUGGUCAGUGCCGUUCCUCUCAAACCUGGCCUUUCUGGUUCUCAUCUUUGUCACGGUGAUCACAUACGUCAUCCCACUGCGCUACAUUAUUCUGAUUUGGGGAAUAAAUAAAUUCACGAAGAAACUACGGAAUCCAUACGCUAUAGAAAACAACGAAGUGAUGGAUUUCCUUUCCAGGAUGCCUUCAGAUGUCCAAAAGGAGCAGUAUGUGGAGCCUAAACCCGUCCAGGUUCACAGUACUUUCAGAAGAAGGAGAGCUGUCCAGUAGAUCCAGAUCUGAACUCAUCUUCGGAAUUUACACUUCUGACACUACACUUCCACUCAGUUCAUCAUAUUUCUUCUUAACUAUAUCAUUUUAGAAAUUCCGGAGCACUUUAUUUGAAAACACUCUCCAUGAUGCGCUCAUUUUAAAAUCACUUAAUCAUAUUAAAUUAUUUUUAUUGUGAGUGCUGUGCAAUGUUUAAAGUGACAUAAAUCGAACUUAUCUCUACUGAAAGAAACUAAAACUAAGAAGGAUUUUUGAUCAUCUAAGCAGACUUGGAUUAGACCACUGUGUAUUGUAUGUGCAGUCAAUACUUCACAAGAUUAAUUGAUGGGGGGG